CUCUCUAUUUGAGGCCUGGUCGUCACUCUCACGCGGUCACACAGAUAGAUCAUCUCCGUAAAGAAGAAAAAAAAAUCAGACCAAAUAUUCCUUCUCCUUCUUCUCCUUCUUCUCCAUCUUUCAACCCUUUGAUGCAGCACCUCAGGAGAACAAAUCCCAGUUGAAAAAUCUGUGUUUUUUUUUUCUCUGGAGUUUUCUGAAGAAUUUCAACUAUAAAGCAAGCAAAAAUCAAUCUUUUACUCUGGUUUUGGUUUUGGUUAUCUGCCUUGUUUUUUGAGCAUGGUUGCUCUCACUCUCUUCUCUUCACUGAUUGAAAGUUGAAAACUUGUCUCAAAGGCUCAAAGCCUAUCAUGGCCCUGAAAACCCCAUUUCAGAUCCCCAAAUAAAUUUCUGGUUUUCAGUUCCUACAAUCUAUUGUCCAAACCCUCAAAACCACUCUGGUUUUUAAAGUUUGCCUCUUUUUAUUUCCUCCUAUUCACACUUCAUCAAAGAAAACUCCUCAGAAGUCAGGCUCUUUUGGUCUCAAGUCAGACUUCACAAUCCAGUUUCUUACCACAAACUCCAUAUUCUUCUCUAAAAAAUCAAACCCACGUCACCAAAUCCUCCAUAGCCCCACAACUUUGGUCCAAAAUAGAAACUUAUUUGAGGCCUCAAAAAAUGCAAGACCCAACAACAUUUCAACCCAUGAAACCCCAAUUUCCAGAGCAAGAACAGCUGAAAUGUCCACGAUGUGAUUCCCCUAACACCAAGUUUUGCUACUACAACAACUACAAUCUCUCACAGCCUCGUCACUUUUGCAAGAACUGCAGAAGGUACUGGACCAAAGGUGGCUCCCUGAGAAACAUCCCCGUUGGUGGUGGAAGCAGAAAGAACACAAAGAGAUCAUCAUCAUCUGCUUCAAAACGCUCCUCAUCAACUUCCUCAUCAUCAGUGUCAAGCUCAUCAGCAGCAACCGCAGCAGCUCAGAACCCGGAUCCACAGCCUGACCGGACCCGGGUCUAUGGCCCGAAAAUCGAUCAAGACCGUGGGGUGCUGGACAUUUCAGGGAGCUUCAGCUCACUCCUGACUUCAAAUGGGCAGUUUGGGUCUCUUCUGGAGGGUCUGAACCCAAAUGGGUCGGGUCUAAAACUGAUGCAAAUGGGUGAUUUUGGGGUGAACUUGGAUUCAGGUAAUGGGUUGAAUUCGGAUCCGGGUGUGAACCCGGGUUUGGAGGCCCAGAGCAAUGGUAACCCGGAAAGCUAUAUGGGUUUGCAAAAUGGUGAUUCUUCAAGCUGUUGGAAUGGGGGCAAUGGGUGGCCUGACCUUGCCAUUUAUACACCAGGUUCAAGUUUUCAGUAGAUAUUAUAUUAAUUACAUGCUUAAUCUACUUUCUUAAUGAAGCCUAUGAUAUAAUAUUUCAUACAAAGCUAAGCAUGAAUGACUCUUAGUAGGCUUAAUUGCUAAGCUAAGCAGCUAAAGCUCAUAAUUUUCUGAUGUUAUAGAGGUUGAGAAAACACCACAGAGCCAUACCAAUAGCAUUUUCUAUAUGUAAUGUAAUGGUUUCUUCUUUUCUCUCUUUUGUGUGGCUUUUUUUUGUUUGUUUGUAUUUGAUAUAGCCUUUAAUAUUAUUAAAAAAUUUCUUUUUUGCUUUUCCCUUGGAGCCUUUGGAGGCCCCCCUUUAUUGAAGGACAUGGCUUUCUUCAACUAUCACUCUCAUUAUAUUAUGGGUUGUAUUGUAUGAUUCACAAUAUUAUGUCUAUGUGCUUCUUUUUAUAGAGGGUGAAGAAAGAAACCCACAAUCUCUAAUAUAAUAUUUCUGCUAGGAGGAGCUUCUUGUCUUCUUUCAUCUUAUGCAUGUGCUGUGACUCUGUGACAUGGAUGCAAUUGUUUUGUAUGCAUUUAUGGCCUUUUCAAAUUUCAAGAAUAUGGGAUUUGACAUUUUUGUUGGCAUUGUUGCUCAUUAAUAGGAUAGUUUGAUUUGCCGCUGGGAGAUCCCAGCGGAAAAGGGCUUGGCUUGUAGACUAGUGGUGGUCUCAAGUUUGAACUCCCAUGACACCUUGAUAGUGUGUGAAAUCCCUUCUCUUAUAGUUUAGACUAUUGCACGUAUUUAAAAAAAAGUAUGUAUUUAUAUAGUGUAUGCUCAUGCACGCACACACAAAGGGAUACUUAAUUGUAUUUUGUUGUGUGAAAAACAAAUUGUUUGGGUUGGGAAUGUCUUUAUUAUAUCUCAAAUUCAUCAGAAGAAAAAUUAAAGCAUAAUGAGGAUGAGUUGGAGUUGGAGAAGAUAUGGGGAACCAUAACUUCAUUGUUCAAGUAUUGUAUUGUUUCCACUCUUUCAUGGACUAGACAAAGCUUAACUUCCUAUCUAUUGGGAUAUUAUUUCUAACCCUAAAGACUGAUUUGGUCUCAUUCUUCUUCACCACUUGCCAAGGGUCUCUUUUAUUUAUUUAUUUUCCUCUCUUGACCAUAUCUUCCAAGAACCAAAUGGAACAUAUAUGUAAUUGGGUGGACAUUUUAUGGGAGGGGAGCCCCAAACCCAAAUAAAUUCCCACCAUUUGGGCACUUUUUAUAU